GCUGGCGAAGAAGGUAGGGGCGUGCCAGGUGACCUUCAAGGCAGCCGGCUCCCGAAAUCGAGCUCGCAAGAUUUGCUUGGCGCUCGCUGAGGAAGUGCAGUCAGGUACCAUCCAAACGAAGGCCAAGCUAGACGAGGAAAAGAAGCGGCACUUGUCAGACAAGAGCCUCUUUCCCGACAGCGACGGCAGUGACGACGAAAAGCCUUUGACGGCACUCUGCGUGGGAAAGCAGACCGCUGUGACGCCGGAGCCGAAGGAGCCCCAGGCGCCCAAGGCGCCCAAGCAGCCCCAGGCGCCGAAGGAGCCCAAGGAGCCCAAGGAGCCGAAGGUGUCGCCAGCAGAAGGGGCACCUUCAGCUUCGUCUUCAAAGGUUCCGGAGAAAGCUCGGCCCAUUGUCAUAGACGACGAUGAUGAGUUGCUCCCUGCUGGCAAAGACGAGGGCCUUGCUGCCUUUCUGCCGCCCUCUGACCACGAAGCGUGGACAAAGGUGAGAUUCGCCGGCCGAAAGGCGGAUCCCUCUUAUCGCUUCAAGCAUUCAGGUGUGUCGGCCCAGGUAACGUGUCACCAAACGAAGCAGGACCGCGGUCGCGCCAAGAGGUUGGCAGUCGCGAU